UUGCCACCAACUAGCUUGUCGCUGCUACUCUUCACUCGCCGUUCCAGCAGCGCUGCGACUCUCCGAGUCUACAAAUACCUCGUUCUGAGUUCGAAUUCGACUUGGCAACGCUUGAAAUCGAUUGUGUCCAGCUACCACAACAGCAUGGCCAUACAGCUACUCCCGGAGCUCUACGAGCCCAUACUCGCACACAUCUCGAACGAAGACACCCAAAUCCUCUGCGCUUGCUCUCUUGUGUCCACCGCAUUCCGCCACCCCGCUCAAAAACGCCUAUUUUCCUUCCUCCGCGUUCCGACUGGCACCAGAAGCCGCUCCUAUGCGCAAGUCGCUGGGCUCUUCGCGGAGAAGCCACACAUGGCGGGCUAUGUCACCAAUCUCCGCGUCAUUCUUCCCAGCGACAAAGAGGUGUGGAGGCAGGAACAGCCCCUUGCUGAGUCGAUUUUCCGGCAGCUGGUCAACGUGCGCAAAGCCAGUAUCCGCAACUAUGAGGAUGAAGUCGACAAUCAAGGAUACGAACUGCAUGCACAAGUCCUCAGCUUGCUGCUGAGAAUCCUUGAAUCGCAUGGAACGCUGCAGCAUCUGACACUGUGGUGUCUCAACCUUACUAAAACACUAUUCCGCCGAAUCCUCUCUGCUGCACCAUCACUCACCUUUGUUGAGGUCGCCACUUAUCUCCCGGAGUCGUCCCGUCCUGCUGUUCCAUUCAGGCCAAAUAAGCCUAUCAUCGACUUGUGCAUUUCUCAAAGUGGAUCGGUGUACACACAGCUCUGCAUCGAUUCUGAACUCGAGCCAUGUAUUCGGCAGCUCCGCACUCUGGAGCACCAUGGAGUUGACAACCAGGAGGAUCUUUCUCCUUGUUUUCUGUCAGCCGCCACACUGGAGCGGCUCGAGCUCAAGAUUUCCUCCUACUCAUUCGAACAACGGUUUGUCUUGCCACCCAGCCUCCCUUCCCUCUGCGAGCUCAUCCUCUCCAUCGACUCAUGUGAUCCGCCUCCCGGCAUAAUCACAGUGCUCUCCCAAAACGGAGUCCCCUCGCUGACUCGCCUGCAAUUGACUUUCCAGGACCUCGCCGCUGUAGUCCCGACAGACCAGGUCUACUCCUUUACCCUACCCGCGCUUCAGCUCCUCGAUGAAGCGCUGGAUGUCCAUUCCAGAGUCCGCCAGGCGGAAUGGCACAUAAGGCUGACGUACUACGACCACCGCCAGUGUCCGGAGCAUGACACGGCCAAGCAUGUUGCGUGCCUGGAGGAGAAACUGCAGCAGCACCUACCGAAGGCAUUCGCGAAAGGCCUGAUAGUCGCAAGUGGAGAGGGAGAAUUCUACUAA